AUGGCCGAGUCUGGUCUUAUAGCCGCGGUCUUUGGCAGCGGCGUUGCACCAGUCAGAGUUCUCGCGCUCAUCAUCAUAUUCUACAAUCUAUUGAUGAUGUUUUACAAUCUUGUCGUUCACCCUCUACGGUCAUAUCCUGGGCCUCUGUUCAACCGUAUCUCACGAUUCCCUAGAGUGUAUUGGCAACUUACUGGCCAACUGCCCUUCCGGGUACGCGAGCUACACGACCGCUAUGGUACAAUUAUUCGUCUCGGGCCCAACGAGCUCGCGUUUCGCGACCCUGUAGCUUGGAAAGAUAUCUAUGGCCGGAGAGCGAACGGUGAUGAGAUGCCUCCUGAACACAACUACUACCACUUCGGCGACGAGGGUUCGACGUCGAUGCUGGGUGCUGAGAAGGAGGAGCACGAUCGACUGCGGCGUUAUAUCGCACCCGGUUUCUCUGAGCGCGCGAUACGUGAACAGGAGCCCGUCAUUGGAGGAUAUGUAGAUCUCCUGAUCCAGAGGCUGCAGGAGCGAUGUGACGAAAAGGUCGACAUGACGGCUUGGCUAAACUACACAACGUUCGACAUCAUUGGCUACCUGUCGUUUGGCUCGGACUUUGGAUGCUUAGAAAAUGCCGACUACCAUCCGUGGGUGAAGCUGAUCAAUGGGGCAGUUAAGGACUUGGGGAAGAUGAAUGGCCUGGCAUACUUGGGAUUGGCUCCAAUGUUAAAGGCCGUGGUAAAAUGGGCCAACCUUGGGCUUGAGCAGAGACAGAUGCACGAAAGACUGACAGAUCAAAAAUUAAAACAAAGGUUGGCAAUGGGUGGGGGAAAAACAGAUUUCAUACAAGGUUUCAUUGAUCAGAAUGUCAGCUUUGAUAAGCUGAAAUCGAAUGCAAGCGUGAUCAUUAUUGCUGGGUCUGAAACAACGGCUACGCUGCUAACUGGGGCUAUGUUUUUGCUGGCUACCCAUCGGAACGUGCUCGAGAAAUUGAAUCAAGAGGUGCGAUCGAGGUACAAGGACGAAAAGGAUAUCACUAUAACUUCAACAAAUGGGCUUUCCUACAUGCUGGCAUGUUUGAAUGAGGCUCUAAGGUGCUACCCACCCGUAGCCUGGGCAUUGCCCAGGAGUGUGCCAAAGGGGGGAGGAUUGAUAGCCGGACAACAUAUCCCAGAAAACACCAUCGUCGGAAUUUGGCAAUGGGCGAUGUUCCGUAGUCCCACGCUGUUCUACGAGCCAGACGAGUUUCAUCCAGAACGCUUCCUCAGAAAAGACCCGCGCUUUGUGAAUGACAAACUGGAUGCAGUCCAGCCUUUUAUCUUAGGCCCUCGAAAUUGCAUUGGCCAGAAUAUCGCAUACGCAGAGAUGCGGUUGAUUCUCGCAAAAUUGAUCUGGAAUUUUGAUUUCCACAUAGCAGAUGAUAGUAGAGACUUCUUGAAGGCUCAAAAGAUCUACUUGUUGUGGGACAAACCCCGAUUAAACAUCCACUUGGCUCCUGUCUGUCGUCGUUAA